AUGAAUUCUGACUCCAGCUCCGUCUCCAGCAGAGCCUCCUCGCCGGACAUGGACGAGAUGUACCUGCGGGAGCACCGCCACCACCACCACCACCACCACCCGGAGAGCCGCCUCAACCCCGUCUCUUCCACGCAGGGCGACCUGGUGCAGAAGAUGGCCGGGGAGGGACUGGCCCGGGGCGGCCCCAAGGCGCAGGGGGAGGGCGGCAAGUACAAGAUCAAGAAGCAACUCUCGGAGCAGGACCUGCAGCAGCUGCGGCUCAAGAUCAACGGGCGGGAGCGCAAGCGGAUGCACGACCUCAAUCUGGCCAUGGAUGGGCUGCGGGAGGUGAUGCCCUACGCGCACGGCCCCUCCGUCCGGAAACUCUCCAAAAUCGCCACCCUGCUGCUGGCCAGAAACUACAUCCUGAUGCUCACAAGCUCCCUGGAGGAGAUGAAACGCCUGGUGGGGGAGAUCUACGGUGGCCACCACUCGGCCUUCCACUGCGGCACCGUGGGCCACUCCGCCGCGGCGCACCCGCCCCACGCAGCCGGAGCCGUGCACCAGGUGCACCCCAUCCUCGGCGGGGCCCUCUCCUCCGCCAACGCGUCCCCGUCGCUGCCAGCCUCGCUGCCGGCCCUGGGCACCAUCCGGCCGCCCCACUCCCUGCUGAAGACCCCCUCCACUCCCCCCGCGCUGCAGCUCGGCGGCGGCUUCCAGCACUGGGCCGGCUUGCCGUGCCCCUGCACCAUCUGCCAGGUGCCCCCCCCGCCUCACCUCUCUGCCCUCUCCGCCUCCGGCAUGGGCCGGAUCUCGGCGGACACCAAGGACCUGCUGAAGUGA